AUGCAAGUGAGGAAGAACGUUAACCAAUUUGAGAAAAUGGAAGAUGGGUUGACUAGAGCAAGAGCUGCAAUACGAGAAGCCGCUCGAUCAAGAAGCUACACAUCGUACAAAGAGGAGGCUUUUGUUCCCAGAGGAUCGGUUUACAUCAACCCUUAUUCCUUUCAUCAGAGCCACAUAGAGAUGGAGAAGAGAUUUCGAAUUUGGACAUACAAAGAAGGAGAGCCACCACUCUUCCAAGAGGGGCCAAUGAACGACAUUUACUCCAUUGAAGGACAAUUCAUGGACGAGUUGAGCGGAGAGAGCCCAUUUUCUGCAAAAGACCCCGAUGAGGCCCUCGCAUUCUUUCUUCCCGUCAGUGUCGUCAACAUUGUGAGAUAUGUCUACAGGCCUUACACCACCUACUCUCGCGUCCGGCUUCAGAACGUUAUUGAGGACUUCAUUGGCAUCGUAUCGAAGAGAUACCCUUAUUGGAAGAGAAGCAACGGGGCUGACCAUUUUUUGGUUUCUUGUCAUGAUUGGGCACCUGAUAUUUCAGCUGGCCACCCAGAGCUUUUCAAGAACUUCAUUAGAGUACUCUGCAAUGCCAACUCUUCAGAAGGUUUCCGGCCUGUCCGAGACGUCUCCCUGCCCGAAAUCAAUAUCCCUUUCGGAGACUUAGGCCCUCCCCUCCUCACCCAUCCCCCUAGAAACCGUUCAAUAUUUGCUUUCUUCGCAGGCGGCGAUCACGGGAAUGUAAGAAAGCUGCUAUUCAAGCAUUGGAAAAACAAAGACACGGAAAUCCAAGUCUAUGAUUACCUUCCCAAAACCCUAAACUACACACAGCUAAUGGCGGAAAGCAAGUUUUGCAUGUGCCCUAGUGGGUGGGAAGUUGCGAGCCCUAGAGUGGUUGAGGCCAUAUACGCAGGCUGUGUCCCAGUGAUCAUUUCUGACUCUUAUGUGCUGCCAUUUAGUGAUGUGCUUGACUGGUCUAAGUUUUCUGUUCACGUGCCGGUGGCAAGGAUACGGGAGCUGAAGGCAAUUCUGCAAACAGUGUCUGUGCAUGAGUAUUUGAGAAAGCAAAAGAGGGUCAUGCAAGUACAGCGCCAUUUUGUGCUCAAUAGGCCUGCCAAGCCUUUCGAUUUGUUGCAUAUGGUGAUGCACUCAGUUUGGCUCAGGAGGCUUAAUGUGAGGUUGCUGAGGUGA